CUAUAAAUUGGUUCUCAUCAGCUCCCUGCGCAACUUAGGGCUCUGCUCCUUUCAAAUCCCGACUUUCACUUUCACGGCUUCAUGGCGCCUUCUAAACCUUAAAACCGCGGGGAGACGUGUUGGGAUUGGAAAUUUGUGGCAAUUUGGGAAUCAUGAUGUGGGUACUUGAAGGUUUUAGUUCAUUUGGUUACUCUGGCUGUGACUUGGAUUUGAUGAGAUAACAGUGUUGUAUGCAAAAACAAAAUUAUGUUGUUCAAAUUCGUUACCAACUCCAUUCUGCAGUAUAUUGGAACACUAGGAGGGAAUUUCUAUGGCUUAGACAUGCUCUUCUUCAGAGCAAAUUAGAAAUGUCUAAACUUGUAACCUGUAGAUUUUCAUUUGGAAUGGUUUUUUGGCUUCUUGACAAGGAAAGGAGAAGAAAUGCUCAACGUUUUUAAGAUAGAAAUGGAGAGUGCUGAAUAGUUUGAGCUGUUCAUUUAACAGAUAAGUUUCUACUCUUUCUCAUUUUGGUUUGUUGAUUUCGAAAUGCUCAGCUGAACUUGAGUGGUUAGAUGAGAAAUGAUGUCUGAAGAGACUGGACAGUUGUUGGUGGUCUAUGAUGAUCCCUCUGACCAACAGUCCUUGUCUUUAGACGAAACCGGCAGCACGGAGGAGUCACCUGAUGAAACCAGGCUGUCCUUGGAUUCGAGUAAUGAUGUAAUUCCAUAUAUAGGGCAAAGGUUUCCCACUCAUGAUUCUGCUCAUGAGUUUUACAGUGAAUUUGCAAAGAGAUGUGGCUUCUCAAUCCGAAGACAUCGAACAGAGGGAAAAGACGGGAUUGGGAAAGGCCUUACAAGGCGCUAUUUUGUUUGCCAUCGUGCUGGGAACACACCUAUUAAAACACCAAAUGAAAAUAAACCUCAAAGAAACAGAAAAUCCUCCAGGUGUGGAUGUCAAGCAUAUAUGAGGAUAAGCAAAACAAUGGAAUUAGGACCACCAGAGUGGCGUGUCACUGGUUUUGCGAACCACCAUAAUCAUGAACUACUAGAACCAAACCAAGUUCGUUUCCUUCCUGCAUACCGAACUAUAUCUGAUACAGACAAGACUCGAAUUGUUAUGUAUGCCAAAUCAGGAAUUUCUGUGCAGCAAAUGAUGAGGCUGAUGGAGCUAGAGAAAGGUGUGGAGCCAGGAUAUUUGCCGUUCACUGAGAAGGAUGUCAGAAAUCUACUUCAAUCAUUUAGAAAAUUAGAUCAUGAAGAAGAGAGCAUCGAUUUAUUGAGGAUGUGCAGAAACAUUAAGGAGAAAGAUCCGAACUUCAAAUUUGAGUAUGUAAUUGAUUCAAACAACAGGUUAGAGAACAUUGCCUGGUCAUAUGCGUCAUCUAUUCAGGCAUAUGAGAUAUUUGGUGAUGCAGUGGUCUUUGAUACUACACAUCGACUGACUGCAUUUGACAUGCCACUCGGGAUAUGGGUUGGAAUUAAUAACUACGGAAUGCCUUGCUUCUUAAGUUGUGUACUUCUUCGGGAGGAGAAUUUGAGAUCAUUUUCAUGGGCUUUAAAGACAUUUAUAGGGUUCAUGAAUGGGAAGGCACCACAGACGAUAUUAACUGACCAGAAUGGGUGUCUCAAAGACGCAAUUGCAAUGGAACUGCCAACUACUAAGCAUGCUCUUUGUAUUUGGAUGAUUGUGGCAAAGUUUCCAUCAUGGUUUAAUGCUGUUCUUGGAGAACGUUACAACGAGUGGAAGAGUGAAUUUUGUCGACUGUAUAAUCUUGAGUCGAUUGAGGAUUUUGAAAUAGGGUGGAGGGACAUGGUGAAUUCCUUUGGUCUGCAUACUAACAGGCACAUCGUCAACUUAUACAGUUUGCGUUCCUUUUGGGCAUCACCAUUCUUGAGAAGCCACUUCUUUGCUGGAAUGACAACUAUUGGGCAGUCAAAAACAAUUAAUGCUUUUAUUCAGCGAUUUUUGAGUGCACAGACUCGACUUGCACAGUUUAUCGAACAGGUAGCUGUUGCUGUGGAUUUUAAAGAUCAAGCUGGAGAACAACAAACAAUGCAACAAAAUCUUCAAAAUAUCAGCCUAAAAACAGGGGCCCCAAUGGAAUCGCACGCUGCGACCAUCCUCACUCCUUUCGCCUUCUCGAAGCUUCAAGAACAACUCGUGUUGGCGGCUCAUUAUGCAUCCUUUCAAAUGGAUGAUGGCUUCCUUGUGAGACAUCAUACAAAAGCGGAGGGAGGUCGGAAGGUGUAUUGGAUUCCUCGCGAGGGUAUCAUAAGUUGCAGUUGUCAUCAGUUUGAGUUCUCAGGAAUUCUCUGUCGCCAUGCUCUUCGAGUCCUCUCGACCGGGAACUGUUUCCAGAUACCAGACAGCUAUCUUCCCGUGCGAUGGCGAAGGAUAAGCAUGCCCUCAGUAAAGCUCCUUCAGAGUACUACAAAUGAUCAUACAGAAAGGAUUCAACUGUUGCAAAGCAUGGUGUCAACUCUUGUAAGUGAAUCUGCAAAAUCACGGGAGAGGCUCGAUAUUGCAACCGAGCAAGUGUCCCUCCUCUUAUCUCGCGUGCGGGAACAUCCAACUUCAUUAUCAGGUUCAAGGGAUGUUUCUACCAUACACAGGAACUUGUAACUUUAUAUUGUAAACUAGGAAAGAGUGUUGAAGGGAACAUUUUACAUGAAGCGAGCCUGAACCAGUUCGGGUUUGGGUUCGGGAGAGAGAAUUAGGCGAAAUAGAUGCCAUUUUGAAGGCCUGCCAGCUUACUUAGUUUCAUGUGCCAUUUCUUUGGUUGUUGUAUGGCUUAGAAUAUGUUCUCAUGGUUAGCAAAGGAUUAAGUAAUACACAAUUCUGUAAUGUAAGAAUUUAAUGUAAUCUUACGCAUUUCCUUCUGUUCUA